CACUUCACUGAUAGAAGAUAAGAGGUGUCAAAGAACCAGUUCUCAAUAUCGACAAUGUCAAGGAGAUUAUGCAUGUCUUCAACUUCUGCACUUUCUUGCUGCUGCUGUGAUAUUGGAAUUGGGAAACCCAUUUUUGAAUGCGCCUUUUCUCUAUUGCUCUUUUUCCCUCUUGUUAUUUUUUCGCCUUUUGUGUACACAUUUUGAUUCUCUUGAAAACACUAGAGUUUUGAAAAAAGAUUGUUCUUUAUUAAUUGUUGUACCUUAUUUCCAAUUAAAUAUUGUUCCAAUUUUAGAUUGGUUUCUCUGUUUUGCUGUUUAUUUUCGCAGAAAAUUUAAGGAAUGGAAAGGAAUGAAAUUUUUUUUUGAUAUAUCGUGUAUUUUUUUCUCGCAUGUUUAAAUGAUGUGCUUAAAUACUACAUUAAUCAAAUACGGUUGCUAACGAGACAAAUUUCACCCAUAUCAUCAUAUCUUUCUCUGCGUGAUUGAAAAUCUUGCCUUUUCUUAAUAACCAAACACUGGAUUUCACUUUCUUUCUUUCUUUUUUAAUCUUGCAUUUUCUUACUAACCAAACACUGAAUUUUCACUGUUUUUUUAAGUAACAGAUUAUGCAAUUUUUUUUUGCCCAGUAAAACAGUAUGUUGAUUGAAAUAGUGCAAAUAUUUAGGUGGGAAUGAAUUCAGAUUGUCACAAUAAUCUCAAUUCUUGGUAUAGUAUUCAUAUAAUCUCAAAAAAACAAGGGCUUAAUUAAUUUUGUUAUCUACUUCUGGGUAAGAGGCUCGAACAAUAUAUGAUUUGCUGCAUGUUGGUAAAGAAAAACAAAUCCGAAAAUUUAACUUGCUAAUGUAGGAUUAGAUGUGACUAAUAAUAUGAGCCCUUGGCACAGUAUAUUCCUGCUUGGGUAAGAGGAAAAGAUGAACAAAUCCUGAAGAAACUCCUGCUCGUGCUGAAUUGUACAUUGUUGGGCUUGGCAAUUGUGGUGAUCCAUGAAAAGAAGAAAAAUUAUACGGCCCACGGCCACUUUGGUUGCCGUCCACGUUGCACUGCCACAAAACAGUCACUGAGCUCUUUGCAAUACGUGUCCCUCAAGCUGAAGGGUCUUCUGCAGCUAUUUGCACCUGCCAAAGCUAGCAUUAAAAACUGCAAGUUCCAUAUAUCCUUGCAAGGUAUCGCCUUUUGAGUCGUGUAUUACGUUGUUUCUUGUUUUGGAUAAAAUUGCUUUCUGCUUUCUUCUUUGGGUGAGGAGUUGGGGCGAGUGGUUUGUCCACGCCUUUCACUUCAAGGUAUUUAUCUUUCUACAAGAUGAGGAGUUGGGUCGAGUGGUUUGCAUGGCUUUUCAUAUGCUGCUACUCUCUUUAGCUACCACAUAAUUUGCUAGGACUGUCUUCUCUCAAAAAUGGCCUUUUGGGUUGUUCUUAUUCUUCUGGGGUUCUUUGAUUUUGAGGUGGUGGCAGCCUAGGAAAUCUUGUUCUGUUCAACAUUCAAUUUCCAUUCUCGAGGAGUGCAAAUGAAGUUUACUGAUUGGACAUGUAAACCCCCAAAACCUGGAAAUUACUCAUAGACUAACUGCGGCAGAAGCCCUGCAGAUCCUGCUUCCAGAAGUGUAUGUAAUAUGAAUCAUUGAUCCAUUCUGUGAAUUGUGCUUCUUGAGAGUGAGCAGAUACUGUGCUUGCAAAGAUGGAGACCGAAAUUAGUAAUAACCAAGUAUCAGGUGAAGAAGAGAAGAUGAGCAAAUCCCUAAAGAAAUUCCUGCUCAUAGUGAACGGUGCAAUGUUAGCGAUAGGCAAUUGUGGAGGUCCCCUUAUCCAGCGUCUCUACUUCUUGAAAGGUGGUAAGGGUGUCUGGAUAUCAAGCUUUCUUCAGACAGCUGGUUGGCCAUUUAUCAUAUUUCCUCUCUUUGUUUCAUACUUGUAUCGUCGAAGGAAGAAGGGUUCCAGGGCCAAGCUUUUCUAUAUAAGCCCUCAUCUCUUUUUAGCUUGUGCUGUCAUAGGUGUUCUUACUGGCUUGGAUGAUUUUCUUGCUGCCUAUGGUGUUCUUCUACCCGUCACUACUUCUGCUCUUAUAAUAGCUACCCAACUGGGCUUUACUGCUGGAUUUGCUUAUAUUUUGGUAAAGCAAAAGUUCACACCUUUUACCAUUAAUGCAAUUUUCUUAUUGUCGAUUGGAGCUGUUGUCCUAGUCCUCCAUGCUAGUUCUGAUCGCCCUGCUCAUGAAACCGACAAACAGUACUUUAUGGGUUUUUUUAUGACACUUGGAGCUUCAGCGCUUUAUGGGUUUGUGCUACCCUUGAUCGAGUUGACAUAUAAGAAAGCAAAGCAGACCAUCACUUACACUCUAGUUAUGGAGAUGCAGAUGGUUCUGUCUUUCUUCGCUACUGCAUUCUGCACCAUUGGGAUGCUUCUGCAUAAGGAUUUUGCGACAAUUCCAGGAGAGGCAAGAGACUUCGAGCUUGGGAGAGCAAAAUAUUAUGUGGUGAUGGUGUUUACUGCAGUAUUUUGGCAAUUCUUCUUCAUGGGAGCAGUUGGUGUCGUUUUCUGUCAUUCCUCGUUGCUCUCUGGUAUUAUAAUUGCUACUCUGCUGCCUGUGACAGAGACAUUAGCUGUGUUGUUCUACCAUGAAAAAUUCCGAGUGGAGAAGGGGAUUUCUCUUGUUUUGUCUCUCUGGGGCUUCAUUUCUUACUUCCAUGGUGAACUCCAGCAAAACAAGAAACUUAGAAUCAGGCUUCAAAAUUAGGAGAAGUUCGAUCAUAUGUUGGAUAUAUGUAAUAAGUGCUUGUAUAUGUUUGUUACCAAGUUUCAGAUUGAGAGACAAUUGUUAUCAUGUGACCAUGCCUGAUUUAAAAGUUCUGUCCAACUGAAGUUUUUAACUGCAUGAUAAGCUCACUUGAAAUAAGAGAGUUGCUUCUUUA